AAUUUCAUAGGAUCUCUAUGAGAUAGACAGGCAGCCAGUAGUGUUUCUAGUUUAGCUUAGCUAGUUUGACGACAUGGUUUUUGAAUGAUUGACCAGCCAACCAACCUAGCAUGAACUUCUGCUUUGGAUGCAAGUAUUAUAGUUAGCUACCUUUCAACAUCUCAAAUCGGACAUCAAACUGUUCCCAAAUAUACGACUGGUGAGGCUGUGAGCGAACAAGGGAGUGUGUGUGUGAGAGAGACUGAAAGAGAGAGGGAGUGGUCAUCAUGGCAGCUGAGGCGCAGAGACAGCGUUCUCUGUCUACGUCAGGAGACUCGCUCUACCUGGUCCUGGGUGUCGACAAGAACGCCACGCCGGAGGACGUCAAGAAGUCCUACAGGAAACUGGCCCUGAAGUUCCACCCAGACAAGAACCCAGACAACCCCGAGGCUGCUGAUAAGUUUAAGGAAAUCAACAACGCCCACUCCAUCCUGAACGACCGUACCAAGAGGAACAUCUAUGAUAAGUACGGAUCCCUGGGACUGUACGUGGCCGAGCAGUUUGGAGAAGAGAACGUCAACACCUACUUUGUCCUCUCCUCCUGGUGGGCCAAGGGCCUGUUCAUCUUCUGUGGCUUGGCGACUGGCUGCUACUUCUGCUGCUGUCUGUGCUGCUGCUGUAACUGCUGCUGUGGGAAGUGUAAACCGCGGCCGCCCGUGGAUCAGGAACCAGAGUUCUACAUCUCCCCUGAAGACCUGGAGGCACAGAUGCAGUCUGACGAGAGAGACGUUGGUGGUGACCCCAUCAUGAUGCAGCCGUCUGGAACAGAGACCACCAGGCUGACGUCAGACAACCACUCCUCCUACCGGACCGACACCGGACACAACUAAACUCACCUGUACCCCUACCCUCUACACCGGAUACAACUAAACCCCUGUACCCCUACCCUCUACACCGGAUACAACUAAACCCCUGUACCCCUACCCUCUACACCGGAUACAACUAAACCCCUGUACCCCUACCCUCUACACCGGAUACAACUAAACCCCUGUACCCCUACCCUCUACACCGGAUACAACUAAACCCCAUGUACCCCUACCCUCUACACCGGAUACAACUAAACUCACCUGUACCCCUACCCUCUACACCGGAUACAACUAAACUUACCUAAACCUACCCUCUGUACCCCUACCCUCUACACCGGAUACAACUAAACUCACCUGUACCCCUACCCUCUACACCGGAUACAACUAAACCCCUGUACCCCUACCCUCUACACCGGAUACAACUAAACCCCUGUACCCCUACCCUCUACACCGGAUACAUCUAAACUCAACUGUACCCCUACCCUCUACACCGGAUACAACUAAACUCACCUGUACCCCUACCCUCUACACCGGAUACAACUAAACUCACCUGUACCCCUACACUCUACACCGGAUACAACUAAACUCACCUGUACCCCUACCCUCUACACCGGAUACAACUAAACCACUCUGUACCCCUACCCUCUACACCGGAUACAACUAAACCACCUGUACCCCUACCCUCUACACCGGAUACAACUAAACCACCUGUACCCCUACCCUCUACACCAGAUACAACUAAACUUACCUAAACCUACCCUCUGUACCCCUACCCUCUACACCGGAUACAACUAAACUCACCUGUACCCCUACCCUCUACACCGGAUACAACUAAACCACCUGUACCCCUACCCUCUACACCAGAUACAACUAAACCACCUGUACCCCUACCCUCUACACCGGAUACAACUAAACCACCUGUACCCCUACCCUCUACACCGGAUACAACUAAACCACCUGUACCCCUACCCUCUACACCGGAUACAACUAAACCCCUGUACCCCUACCCUCUACACCGGAUACAACUAAACUUACCUAAACCUACCCUCUGUACCCCUACCCUCUACACCGGAUACAACUAAACUCACCUGUACCCCUACCCUCUACACCCCAUGCCCUACACCACUAUCCUGCCUCUGAGAAAGAGAGUAGAGGAUACAUGGCAAGAGAGAGAGGAAGAUAACAAGGAGGAGGUCAAAGGAAGUAGCAUAUCUUUGGUAGAGUGUGCACAGCUCGCCUUGCACCAUCUAACAGAUUUUGAGAUUUUUUUCAUGAAAGAAAUGCAAAGUAAUAUAUAAGGAUUUUUUUUUUAUUUUUUUUUUAUUUAACUAGGCAAGUCAGUUAAGAACAAAUUCUUAUUUACAAUGACGGCCUACCUUUACCCCUUACUUAUAUAUAUUAUCUUAGUUGGACUAGUAAUCGAAAAGUUGCAAGACAUAUCCUCCGAGCUGACAAGGUAAAAAUCUGUCGUUCUGCCCCUGAACAAGGCAGUUCAGGGGUGUUCCCCGGUAGGCCGUCAUUGUAAAUAAGAAUUUCUUCUUAACUGACUUUUUCAUCAGUCAUCAACUGACUUGCAUAUCAAACGCUAGGCUAGACGCUAGCUAAAUAGUUUGUUGCUAGCAAACCUGCUAGUAUGACAACCGAAUUCAAACGUAUCAGUUGCUGAAAACAGCUAGACGAGUUCGAAAUUUCAUGUGUGGAAGAUUUGAAAGCAUAGCGCCACUUGCGUCAUGACGACAGUAGGGACCGGAGAAAUUCAUGUUCAUCACGCAACGCGUUAGGUCAUCAGAUGCUCCACAACAACAAGAAUCAAUUGCUAGCUAUAUACGGGUUUUCUUUGUUAGACCUGUGUUUUAGAAUGUAUCCCGUUUUCAGUUUGUGGGGUUGUUGGUUUAGCGUUCUGUAACUUUGUAGUAUGGGCUGCGUGUGUGUAGCUGCUUAUUGCGUCAGGAUUACAAUGUGUCCCCAUAUCUUUUCCAACUGUCCCAUUCAUCUGGUCUUAAUGUCCAUUCUAGAUUGCCCUUCUAGCCAAUCAGAAACGAGUAUUCAACAACGCUGUGGUAUAAUGUAAUGUAAUGCCUUACUUUUGUUUAAACUACUCCGCAACACUGCUAAACACACAGCAACAACUUGUCUGAGGCAUUUCUGAUCUGUUCGUCUCUCAGAAGGGUUUUGUCUUUGUUUCCCUGUGUUUUAAUAUCUGUUUCCACCUUGUCUGUCUAGGCUGGAGUUUAGAGAUAAUGUUAUUUUAGGCUUGUUUCUGACUCCAAAGCAGGAAGUAGAUCCUUCAAAGCAGGGAGUUAAUUUGAAAUCAUUGCUUUUAAUGUAAAUUCCACUAUACUUUGGGCCAAUCAUGGCAGGCAGCUGAGGCAGAGCUGUGUCUUAAACUUGUACCUCACCCACAAUACUUGGUCUUCUCUCCUGUGUUAUUGUAUGUUGUUGUUGUUAUUUGUAAACUCAGGUUCCCUUUUGAUCUAAUAUUAGGUUUUGGUUUAUUUUUAUUAUUUAUUUCACCUUUAUUUAACCAGGUAGGCUAGUUGAGAACAAGUUCUCAUUUGCAACUGCGACCUGGCCAAGAUAAAGCAUAGCAGUUCGACACAUAAGUAAUUACAAUAUAGCAAUUAGACACUGGAAUGGUAGAUGUGCAGAAGAUGAAUGUGCAAGUAGAGAUACUGGGAUGCAAAGGAGCAAGAUAAAUAAAUACAGUAUGGGGAUGCAGUAGUCGGAUUGGCUGUUUACAGAUGGGCUAUGUACAGGUGCAGUGAUCUGUGAGCUGCUCUGACAGCUGGUGCUUAAAGCUAGUGAGGGAGAUAUGAGUCUCCAGCUUCAGUGAUUUUUGCAGUUCGUUCCAGUCAUUGCCAGCAGAGAACUGGAAGGAAAGGCGACCAAAGGAGGAAUUGGCUUUGAGGAUGACCAGUGAGAUAUACCUGCUGGAGCGUGUGCUACGGGUGGGUUAACAUUCGGUAUCAAAUAUAUGCAAAAAUAGAGAAAAUCAGAAAAUACUUUUUCACGGAAUGGUAUUCCAAAUUUUACACGUACACCGCUUCAUCGAGAAGAUUCAAAUACUGCUCGUUUUUUUUCCUGGAAAACUUGACUUUUUUUCGUCCUCAUGCCCAAGCUAGCAGUAGCCACAAUAUCUUCUGGCAAAUUACAGCUGCCUAUACUUUUAUUGUCUAUACAAUAUAGUAUGGACAGUGGAAUGAGUGAAUUUCCAUUCAUUUCUCUGAGAACAAUAUCUUCAUUUAACUCGAUUUCAUCAGGUGGAUGGAUGCUUUCCCUCUUCCUCUACUUUCUCCUCCUCUUCCUCACUUCUUCCACUCCUCUGCUCUGGCUCUCUGUGUGUUUUCUCUCCAAUACUACUACUACUACUACCACAUCUGCUACUACUACCACAUCUGCUGCUACUACCACUACUACUACUACUACCACUACUACUACCACUACCACUACUACUACCACUACUACUACCACUACUACUACCACUACUACCACUACUACCACUACUACUACUACUACUACUACUACUACUACUACUACUACUACUACUACUACUACUACUACUACUACUACUACCACCACAACCUCAACGCACACACGUGUGUGUACACACUACAGUGUGUGUGUUAGUGUACUCCAAAUGUCUCCCCCUCUGAACCUGGUACUACCACAAAUACAUUCAACUGCUUGUUUUAGUUUUCAGAUUUUCUGUGAGGAAGUAAUUAAAAAUGUAACUGGUGUAUGUAUGUUCGGAUUUUAUUAAGUUGUGUCUAUUUUGAGUUUUGCAAAAACAACCAAGUUUUUAUUUGUAUUUUUUUCAGUAGAUUAUUUGAGUUUUUAUUGAUGUUGUCGGAGAAGGGAGGAUCAGAUUUAAGAUAUCCAAAGUAGUGGUUGUCUGUUGGCCUACACCUCUGUAUGUAGUCCGGCUCUGCAACUGAAUAGGAGAAAAGAAUGUGUCCAAAAAUGACAUCCUAUUCCCUAUGUAGUGCACUACUUUUUACCAGAGUCCUAUGGGCCUUGAUCAAAAAGUAGUGCACUACAUGGGGAUAAAGGUGCUAUUUGGGACGUGAACAAAAAAAAAACAGUUUACAACAAUCAAGCAGCAUCAGGUGAUAGGUUUCUCAGCACCAUCAGUAGUCUUCUAAACACUUCAAGUGUUGUACGUUUCCAGUAACUUUCCCCAAAUCCUCUGGUUUUCCAAAUAAUUCAAGGAUUCCUGGAAUUUCAGGGGGAAAGUUAAUGGAAUUUUGCAACACUUAGCCCCUCCCACUAGCACUCCGUUACUCCUUAGACUCUAGCCAAUCAUCUUUGAGCAGCGUGGCGGUUGUAAGUAUGAUGUAAUGCAAUGAUGAAUCUCAUGUGAUUUUUAGAUGUAUUGUUGUUAGACCUCGUUUUACCUCGUGUUUUACCUGUGUUAUUUACUCACACCUUUUCAGUGUCAAUCUAACAUUUUCAUCUACUUGUCAUUUUUUAUUUUGUCAUCGCCUGAGUGCCAGUCUGUUUAUGCGAUCAUACCAUCUCCUUGUAAUGGAUAAGGACAUUUAAUGGUGGCAAGAGAAAACAGAUCUGGGACCAGGCUAACUGGCAACAAACAGAUCUGGUACCAGGCUAACUGGCAACAAACAGAUCUGGCACCAGGCUAACUGGCAACAAACAGAUCUGGCACCAGGCUAACUGGCAACAAACAGAUCUGGGACCAGGCUAACUGGCAACAAACAGAUCUGGCACCAGGCUAACUGGCAACAAACAGAUCUGGGACCAGGCUAACUGGCAACAAACAGAUCUGGCACCAGGCUAACUGGCAACAAACAGAUCUGGCACCAGGCUAACUGGCAACAAACAGAUCUGGCACCAGGCUAACUGGCAACAAACAGAUCUGGCACCAGGCUAACUGGCAACAAACAGAUCUGGCACCAGGCUAACUGGCAACAAACAGAUCUGGGACCAGGCUAACUGGCAACAAACCGGUCUGGGACCAGGCUAACUGGCAACAAACCGGUCUGGGACCAGGCUAACUGGCAACAAACAGGUCUGGGACCAGGCUAACUGGCAACAAACCGGUCUGGGACCAGGCUAACUGGCAACAAACAAGUCUGGGACCAGGCUAACUGGCAACAAACAAGUCUGGGACCAGGCUAACUGGCAACAAACAAGUCUGGGACCAGGCUAACUGGCAACAAACAGGUCUGGGACCAGGCUAACUGGCAACAAACAGAUCUGGGACCAGGCUAACUGGCAACAAACAGAUCUGGGACCAGGCUAACUGGCAACAAACAGAUCUGGGACCAGGCUAACUGGCAACAAACAGAUCUGGGACCAGGCUAACUGGCAACAAACAGGUCUGGGACCAGGCUAACUGGCAACAAACACAUCUGGGACCAGGCUAACUGGUAACUAACACAUCUGGGACCAGGCUAACUGGCAACAAACAGAUCUGGGACCAGGCUAACUGGCAACAAACAGAUCUGGGACCAGGCUAACUGGCAACAAACAGGUCUGGGACCAGGCUAACUGGCAACAAACUCGUCUGGGACCAGGCUAACUGGCAACAAACUCGUCUGGGACCAGGCCAACUGGCAACAAACAGGUCUGGGACCAGGCUAACUGGCAACAAACAGGUCUGGGACCAGGCUAACUGGCAACAAACAAGUCUGGGACCAGGCUAACUGGCAACAAACAGGUCUGGGACCAGGCUAACUGGCAACAAACUCGUCUGGGACCAGGCCAACUGGCAACAAACUCGUCUGGGACCAGGCCAACUGGCAACAAACUCGUCUGGGACCAGGCCAACUGGCAACAAACAGGUCUGGGACCAGGCUAACUGGCAACAAACAGGUCUGGGACCAGGCUAACUGGCAACAAACAGAUCUGGGACCAGGCUAACUGGCAACAAACAGAUCUGGGACCAGGCUCAUUUUGUUACGCUCCAGUCUAAGUCUGAGAGCAUCUUCCUUUUUAUUCCCUUCUUUCUUUUCAUUUAUUUCUAAGAAGAUUCUAUUAUCAAGAAAGACAUUUUUAAUUGGUUGUAGUUUUGUCCUGCCACUGCAGUCUCAUUUUGAUUUGAUUGGUUGUAUUACGACGGAGAUGUGGUUGUCCCACAUAGCUUGUCAUAAGAUGAAUGCACUGACUGUAAGUCGCUCUGGGUAAGAAUAUCUGUUAUCAUGAUAACGUUGACAAAUUAAAAUGCUAUUUCUGGGACUUUUUUUCUCCUCUGCGAUAUUAAACAUGCAACUUGUCUGAGUGAAUGCGAUGUGUAUACAAUACUAAGUUAUACCGGAUCAAGAAAAAACAUUUAUUUUAGGAACUUACAAAAAAAAAAGACAUUUAUUUUUAUUUAUUACAUUUUUGUUCUCUUUUUAAUAAAAUGAAUGUUUUUUUUUAUUUAACCUUUUAUUUAACUAGGCAAGUUAAGAACAAAUUCUUAUUUACAAUGAAGACCUACCCAGGACAAUGCUGGGACAAUUGUGCACCCGCCCUAUGGGACUCCCAAUCACGGCCGUUAAGUAUAAAUGGUAUGUAACUAGGUGUGGCCAUUUUGAACGAACGGUCGAUAUCUCCUUUACAUUUAGUGGAAGCACGUAGAAGUUAGGAUUUAUGUUUUAGCAUGGUCAUCUACUGUGUCUGAAAGAGAAGAAGGAAGGUCCUGUAUCUGAUGUGCCGUUGUAAAAUAAAUGUUUCUGAUGAUUUGA